AUCUGCCGGUUCCCCCGAAAAAAACUCUGACAAAAAAAAAAUCCAUUCCCCCGCCACUUCCCGCCUCCUUCCCUCCCAGUCUCCCACCUCGCCGGCGGCGGCGCGUCGCACAUCCGCUGGUAUCCGAUGACGCCAUCCUACAGCUCUGGCCCCGCAGGGCCCCCCGGGGGGCGGAGGGCGGCGACAUUCGCGGGCGCGAGCGUGUUCCUGUCGCGGAACCUGGUGGCCCCCGAGGUGUUCGACGCCGUGCACGACGCGCUGCGCCUCAACGGCGCCAAUGUCCUCCUCUGCGCCGACCCGGGCCGUACGGGGCCCUCCGACUUCCACGUCAUCUCAUCCUCCUCCCACAAGUUCGGCGAUCUGAGGGCCAAGGCUGCAAAUUACCAUGUUUGUUUUUGGACAGGACCACAGUGCAUUCUUUCCUGUGCUAAGGAACGUCGUUUUCUACCUAAACAGAGUUACACUUGUUGCCUUGCAAUGGAUGGGGUUAAGAUACUUUGUUCUGGCUUUGAAAAAGAUGAGAAGGCAAAGAUUGAAGAACUAGUGACAGCCAUGGGAGGCCUUUUACAAAGUAAAUCCUCCGUGGAUGUGAACUUUGUAAUUGUAAAGGAUGUCAUGGCUGCUAAAUACAAAUAUGCUGUGAAUAAUUUGAAGAAGCCCGUUGUCACUAUGAACUGGUUGGAACAAUGCUGGAUCGAACAUCGUGUUGUGCCUCAUGAGCCCUACAGGCUUACAAAAACCACAUCUGUCAAUACAUGUUUUAUUCAAUUCAAUGGUCACCCUCAAUUUUUGAUGCUUUAUUUUUCUUUUGUCUGAUCAGAUGAACGAAAGGAAUUGGAGAAAAUAAUUGUGCAGAAUGGUGGCCAGUUUUCAGCCUGUCUUACGCGGAAAUGCACCCAUUUAGUUGCAAAUAAACCUGGAGGUGACAAAUAUGUCGUGGCCAAAAGGUGGGGUAAUAUCCACAUUGUAAAUCCUAGAUGGGUUGAACAAUCGGUUGCUCGAAGAGCUUGCCUAGAUGAAAAUAGCUACCUUGUUUGUCAGAGUUCAUCUGCUUAUUCAAGUGGUUUAAAAACUUCACCCAAAGAGCAACACAAUCCAGAGAUCAGUAGUGCAAGUGCAAGUUUUCAACCUGUUCCAGCAAUGUCAGUCGAUGAUUCAGUAUCAGUGUCACAAUAUGUGCCUGCUUCAUUUGGUGAUGCUUCAAAGAUCAGCAACACUGAUAUUGUUGGUGCACCUGGUGUCCAAGAGGCAAAUGAGAUGCAGGUCGAUAGUCACGUUGCUGAGGACUCAGAGGCAGAAAAUGAUGAUCUAUAUUUAUCAAAUUGCAGAAUUGCUCUGGUGGGCUUUGAAGAGAAAGAGUUGUUAAGGCUACUCAUGAUGAUACGCAGCGGUGGUGGAUCCCGGCAUAUUUUGUUAAAUGAGAAGCUUACUCAUAUUAUUCUUGGUGCGCCUUCAGAGGAUGAAAAAAAGGAAGUAAGACGUCUGGCUUCAUGGGGUGUAAUAAAUGUAGUGAAAGUAACAUGGUUAGAAGAUUGCAAUAGAGCAAAAAAGGAAGUAAAAGUAUCCCCAACUCAUGUGGCUACUGAGCUACUCUUGAAAGAGUUUUCACAAGUGACUAUGGAAAAAUCUUCUGAUACACGUGAAACGAAGGUAGCCAAGAGCUCAUGUGGGAUUUUUCAUGUCCCAACUGUUAAUGACUCACAUGACAAACAACUUGAAAAAGAUAUGUCAUCUGAAAGAAAACCAGCAAGAGGCAAACAUGAAAACAGCAUGAACAAAACCCGGUCAGCAACCAGGUCUGCAAAUUCAAGCCAACAUAAUGGGGUGGUCAACAUAAGCAAGUACCAUCCCAAAUCUAAAGGAACAUCUGCAGUGAAUUCAGGAAGUAGCAGAUCAAAUGUUUUCAAAGGGAAAACAUUUGGCUUUUCAAAUUCAUUUUCUCAUGAUAAGAGACCUGAGGUUGUUGAUUGGAUCAGAGAAGGUGGAGGCGUUGUGGUGGAUGAUAUACAAUCUGCAGUUGUGGAUUACACAAUUGAGUGCCAUGGACGGAAUGGCACGCCUUGUGACUUCUCUCAUUCAACAGUUGUUUCAACUCAAUGGAUACGCACGUGUUUGGAGGAGGGUUGCUUGCAAGAUGUUGGAAGCCAUCCUAUCUUCUCUCCUUUGCGCUGUCGCAUUCCAUUCCCAGGAUUUGAAAACUUCCGAUUCUGUAUUUCACAAUACGGAGAGAGAGAAAGAUUUCUGCUGAAGAACUUGUGCUUCGCUUUAGGCGCUAAGUUUACAGAAAAAGCGUACAAGGGAGUGAGUCAUCUUAUCUGCAAAUUUGCAAGCGGUCCAAAGUAUGAGGUUUACUCCAAAAGAGGAACUCCAACCAUUACUGCAGAGUGGCUCUUUGAGUGUGUAAAACAGGAUACAACUGUCCCUUUUGAUCACUUUCAGCCGAAACCACUUACUUCCCAGGACAAAGAGGCUGAUCUGUGCACUGUCAGUCAGUAUUCCACUCAGGCAACCAGAUUUAACUGCUCUGAGCUGCUUAGUGGAUGUCAAGUAACAACUAGCAAUCCAACACACAACUCUGGUGUUGCCUCAGCUAAUGAAGAAACAACUGCUCCUGCUGUAAGUAAAAGAAAGCUGCUAUCUGUUUCUGGCCAGGCUAACGAUACAUGCGGAAACAUCGGAAGAACUGAGAAACACCUCGAAAGUGGCUCUGUUCCAGAUGUUGCAGACGCCAUCGAGGUCCUAUCGUCCAAGAUUCAAGAUGUGCAAUCUCCUAGGAGUAUAUUUGAACCUGACAAUUCUGCUGUUGUUCAAGAUCAGAAAGAUACACACUCCUUUGGCAUUUCAAGGAGCUGGUUGAAUAUGUAA